UGGAAGAAUCAGGUGUACACUGUCGUAUACGUCCAUAGCUAUCACGUUGUCCACGUUUUGAUAUUAGUUCAAAAAGUGAUUUUUGCGGAAAAAAUCCGCGUCCAAACGUGUUUUUUGUUGCAAAUUUGUUUGGAAUACACAAGUGCAAAAACUAGCUCUAAAACAAUGGUUGGUAAAACUUCCGUGCCUCAAUUAGAGCAACGAAUUCAGUGUAUAAAAUUUACUAUUUUCUGCUUGAAUGCUAUCAUAUGGCUACUUGGAAGCUCAAUGUUUGGAUUAUGCAUGUGGCUAAGGAUGGAUCCAGAUUUCCAGGAGUGGGUUGCGUUCCUUGAAAUAUAUGAAUUUUACAUCGGCAUUUACAUCCUACUUGCGGCUUCGAUAUUUAUCGUAAUUAUUACGUUCAUUGGCUGCGGAGUCGCUCUUAUGGAACAUAUCCUUGGUCUCUACGUUUACGUAGGAUUGCAAUUACUUUCCUACGUUCUUGGCCUGGCAGGGACAGCAGUUCUCCUCGAUUAUUCCACCUACGACAGUAAUAUUCAGCCGCUUAUACGACGAUCCAUGACUUCACUCAUCAACAAUUACUACGAUCAAAGAUCGACGUACAUUCUACAAUUAAUUCAAGAGAGUAUCGGCUGCUGUGGUGCCGAUGGCCCGAUGGAUUAUAUAACCUUGAGGAAACCAUUACCCACUGAAUGUAGGAACACGGUUACUGGAAACGCCUUCUUCUACGGAUGUGUCGAAGAAAUUUCAUGGUUUUUAGAGGGCAGAUCGGGUUGGCUAGCUGGUCUAUCAUUGGGUCUAUGUAUGCUCCAUAUAAUAAUAGCUGCUCUAAGUCUAGCGCUGAUCCGAGCUAUUAAGAAGGAAGAACAAUCCGUCACAUUCAAACAUUGAUUUGUAUUGAUUUAGUACAAUAAUGUACGUUAAUAAUAAUCGUUAUUAGACAACA